AUGCCCUGGGUCCAUAACCUCGCCCACCCGGAUCCCCACAGCCACGUUGCCCGGGUCAUCGCGAUCUGCUUGACCUUCAGCAUCAGUGCUCUGCUGGCCGUGCUGCUACGGCUUCACAUCCGGUUGCACACCAAACGCGACCUCUGGCUCGAUGACUAUGCGGCGAUUUGCAGUGCGUUGUUGGGGUUAGGCUAUGCCGGGGUUGCGGUGGCUCAGACACGGUAUGGUCUUGGACUGGACGCAGCAUCUUUUCCGGAUGCCAAUGUGGUGAUGUUCAGUAAGAUCCAAUACGCUGGCGGUCCAUUAUACAUCCUUGCGCUCCUCUUCUUCAAAGUCUCGCUCUUGACCUCCUACCUGCGGAUUGGAGGCUUUGUGGCCGCAUACCGAUGGGUCAUCAUCGCCGUCACCGGCGCGGUGACAUGCAACCAGCUGGUUUUUACACUCCUCUUGACUCUGGCCUGUCAGCCGGUCGCAAAGCAAUGGGACUCGAGUAUUCCUGGAACAUGCAUUGACACGGUAGCUUCAUACUACGCUCCCCACAAUACAGGAACAAGCCUCGGCUUCGAUAUCGUGAUCAUCGCUCUCCCCCUCCCUGUCCUCUGGACCUUACAACUCCGCCAUACACAGAAGGUAGCCCUAAUCGGUAUCUUCGCCCUCGGCUUCUUCAUCACCAUCAUCCAAAUCAUCCGCAUCUUCACCAUCAAGAACCUCAAGACCUACACGGACAGCCAGCCGAUUGUCCUGUGGUCGGACGUGGAGAUCAGUCUGGGAGUAAUCAUCGCCUGCAUCCCAACCUACGGCCCCUACUUCCACGCCUUCGCCUCCACCCUCUCCUCCAGCUACCGGACCCGCCGCCGCAAGCGCACCGCGGGCGUCUCGGGCAGCCAGACGCUGAACAACCAUUCGCGCUCGUACGGGCUGAUGAGCGGGGUCCGCCGCACGCAGCGCAACCAGAGCCGCAUGCUGCCCUCCGAGACGGACGACCAGGCCGGGGAGUUCCUGGAGCUGGGCCAUCGCAACCACCACCCUCGGGACUAUCAGGAGAGGCCGUGGGAUAAUGCGGUGAUGGUGACGACUACCAUCGAGCACAGUAGCGGGGACAGUAGUUCGCUGGAGAGUAACGAGAGAAGAGGGAGCGGAGGGCGACAUGGUGACGGGCCCGCUGCUCCUCACGGGGCAGCACUGCAGAUCCAGAAGGUGAUGGAGGUGGAGGUGCGGGUGGAGUGA